AUGGUUGAUGUUCGUGCUAAUGUGACCAGGGAACUUGAUCACGACGAAGGUGAACUUAAUAGUGAGGAGGAGUCUCGGGAAAGCAGUAGUGAAGGCUUUACUACUGACGGAGAAGAGGAUUCCAAUGAUGACGAUCAGACUGAUAAGCAUCAAUCGUCAGCGGAAGAAACUCCCUGGGAACGCGGACUUAGACUUGCCCGUGAGCGUGCCAAGAAAGCGAAACUUCUGCGCCAGUCUGAUGUAGACCUCGAGGAUAAAAAACUCAAUUUUACUGUCGUGGCUCCUGACCCCAAUGAGGACGACGCUUAUGCUGAUGUUUGCGACAUAGGCCGUUCUAGCCUUGCUGAUACCUUCUGGAUUAAUUACCACAAAUUAGCCGUCAUCGGCUCUACCCAGCUGACAUGCGAACGUAGUCUGCCCUGUGAUUUGACUCCGCCAUCUCAGCGCACAAUGGCUCGUUGGCGUAGGCGACUUUCAGACGCUCGUGCAAGAUCAUCAGAUGCAUCUGCUGUUUCUCCCUCCUCCUCCCCUUCCUCAUCGUCAUCCACUUCUUCCUUGACUACUUCCAACUAUGGUUCUCGAGCCUCUUCUCUCUCCUCUCUUGCUGGUUCGAUCCUCCUCGCGGUACCCGAUCUCGUUUUGGCAGACGACUCGGAUCGUGAGGAGCAGCGUCGACGUCGUCAUCGUAGUGGCGGAGGAAGGCGUGGGAGCAGUUCUAGGGGUAGUAGCAGUAGUACUAGUGAAAGCAGUAGUGGUAGUGGAAGUCGAAGUGGACGCCGUGCAACUAGUAGCAGAAGCACCUCACGUUCAUCCUCAAAAGUGAACCAGAAAAAUCAACAGCGCAAAGAGGGUAGAGGAGUCUAUUCUGCCUCCUCUUCAUCCUCCUCCCCUGCUCCUGUUGCUCCCAACGCAUAUUUAAGAACUAGGAGUCGGUUGUCCGGGAAAGAUGAGGGUCCUAUGGUAUCGCCUCGAUCGAGAGACGAGGAUCACACUUUGAAGAGUAGACGUCUUCCGGUAGUGUCUUACGGGGACCAAUCUCAUCCACCUGCAGCACCCCCGCCUCAAAUCAGCGGUUAUCAUCAUCAACAGAGUAGCUUCAGUCGAAGUGCCUUCAGGGACGCUGAGAACGGCUCUAACUACUCAAAUCGACAUAGCUAUGGUGAUUCAAGUCGCUGGUAUGAGUUGUCAAAUAGGAGUCCCGACCGUCCUCCUCCGAUGCCUUCGGAACGGCCAGUAAAACGUCCGUGGGUGGCAGAACCGCCAAAAUCUAGGGUGCGGCUCUUGAAUUGUCCAAAAGGUUCGCAGAUGCGUCAGCGUUCUCCUCCACAGCCCACGCAUCAGCACUCGCGGUCACGUCGGUCCCGCUCGCGUUCUUGUUCUGCCUCACGUGGGAGCUCCCCGAGAGAUGAUGGAGCGGGACUUGCUACCUAUAUCACCUCCUGGUCACAGUCACGCAGUCGUCAACAUACCUCCAAACCCACCCUCCCUGAUGUCGUUACGCCGCAGACUGUGUCUUCUCCGCCUAGGAAACGACCUGCCUCUUCCCGUCACAAGAGCCGCAGUCCCUUUGCGGAUAGUUACUUUGGCAAUCCACCACCGCCGGCUGAAGUACCCUUUGAGCAGUCGGUGCCAUUGCUUGCGGGCGCUGUCAAUCCUGCUGCCCCGCCUCCUAACGCUACGGCCACUACUAAGGCCCUUCCCUCUGCCUCUGCUCGUCCCGGCGUCAAGCUCAAAAUUGCACCCCGCGUUAGAAGUGGUCUGGUGUUGCCGGAAAGUGCAUUAGAAAGAGCACAUCGUGACAAUGAUUACAAGGUCGGUGGUUCACCUGUAUCCUCAGCCAGCAGUGGUGGCGGUCGGGGUGGCAGAAGUGGUCGAAGUGGCUCCCUUUCACCAAGCCGACGGGAUAAGACUAGCCUCGCGUCGCUUAACGCGGCGAAACGUAUGCGUCACCUGGGUUACACUGCGGUUAGUCCUGGCGGCUUCGAAUCACCACCACCUCCUCCUCUCAAUUCACCUCCGACCUCUGCCGCCCCUGCUCGUCCUUACUCACGAAGCAGAAGGUUUGAAGCUGACGAGGCAGCCAGCAGAGCCAGGAGCAGAGCGGCAGAUCAAGGCAAGAUUUUUUUGAAAGACAUCUUUACGAGUCGUUUUGAUGGUCACCGUAGCCGUGCCAGUGGCGACUACCAUGAUCGAGCGGACCGAUUUCCCCGGGGUGGCCAACCUUAUCCACCCUCGGAACGAUAUCGUGAUCGAAGGCCACCACUGCCUGAGCGAUUUGAUCGUCGAAUGGCCGAUCGACGCAUCCCAUCCUACGAUCGAGGUCGGUCAGGUCGCGACUAUUUUGGCGACUCCAGGUAUGGACGUUCCCGCGGUGAGGAGAGGGACGUCAGUCGCACCUACGGUGGUGGUCGCCACAGUGGAACCACGCGUCGUCAAGGUAAUGCGGGUAGAUCGCGCUCCCCUUUCGAGGGUCGAUCCAGCGGAGGAGGUGGUCAUUUUCACAGUGACUCGGCCACCGAACAACGUCUCAACGAGCUCCGCCGACGCCUUAUUAUGGUUGAUGACAAGAUUGCCGAGCUGGGUGGCGCCCCAGUUUCAGAGCGCCGAUGA